AUGUGGGACCAGGCAGAUCCUAGUCAGAACACAAAACGUGAGUCUGGAAGAAAAGUCCAGACAGGAAACAUCACUGCUGCGAAGACCAUUGCUGACAUCAUCCGAACAUGUUUAGGACCAAGAGCUAUGAUGAAGAUGCUUUUGGACCCCAUGGGUGGCAUUGUGAUGACCAACGAUGGCAAUGCUAUUCUUAGAGAAAUCCAAGUCCAGCAUCCAGCUGCAAAAUCAAUGAUAGAGAUCAGCCGCACGCAGGAUGAAGAAGUUGGGGAUGGGACCACAUCUGUCAUUAUCCUUGCCGGAGAGAUGCUGUCUGUUGCUGAACACUUCCUUGAACAGCAGAUGCACCCAACUGUGAUCAUCUGGGCUUAUCGUAAGGCUCUGGACGACAUGAUCAGUAUUCUGAAGAAAAUUGGCACUCCAGUGGAUGUGAACAACAAAGAGAUGAUGCUUAAAAUAAUAAAGAGUGCGAUAAACACCAAGGCAAUAAACCGCUGGUCUGACUUGGCCUGUAGCAUCGCUCUUGAUGCCGUUAAGACCGUGGAGUUUGAAGAGAAUGGCAGAAGGGAAAUUGAUAUUAAAAAAUAUGCAAAAGUAGAAAAGAUUCCAGGUGGUUUUAGUGAAGACUCGUGUGUUUUGCGGGGAAUCAUGGUGAAUAAAGAUGUGACCCAUCCCAGAAUGCGUCGCCUUAUUAAGAAUCCACGCAUUGUCCUUCUGGAUUGUUCCCUAGAGUACAAGAAAGGAGAGAGCCAGGUAAAGUGGGUCCUGUUGGAGGCGUCCACCAUUCUUGAUUUAAGACAUGUGAAGUGAACAAAUGCAGAUGGC